AUGGAAAAUGAGGGAAGAAAAUGUUGUUCAAAGCACGCACGAUCAUGUGGAGAACCUCCAAACAAGAAACUUUGUCCUCAACCAUCUGGAAAGCCGUCCAAGUUUUCCAUCCCGUUCAACGGUACAACAGAACCAAAGGAGAACACUAGACCACCAAAACGGACGGCACCGCAGGACAAUUUAUCCGCCCAAGUGUACAUGGUACAUCCAUACAAACUCUAUUGA